CUUCCGUACUACUCUGUAAACAUUACUCAUAGUUCAAAACCACAGGAGGAAGAAGACCCAGAGGAGGAGGAAGAAGAAGAAGACUAGGGUUUAUCUUAUUUUCUAUUUCGAUGGCAAGCAGUAACAGGGACGAGUCUCUUCUAUUCAUGAACCUUUCGACAUCAUCUCCAGUUGCGGUUUCGGAAGGAGAAAGUUAUCUUUAUGAUACCAACACUAGUUACCAGAUCGGCAGUGCUUCAGGGAGCUUUCAGAACAACGAGGGUUUCCUUGAUGGAAGCGAAUCAGAUUUUGCAUUUUCUCGUUCUGAGUUUCGUCAGUCUCCGUUAGUUGGAACUGUUGAGACCUACGAUCGUCAUAUCUUUCUCUGUUAUAAGAAUCCUAAGGUUUGGCCUCCUCGUAUUGAAGCUGCUGAAUUUGAUCGAUUGCCUAGGCUUCUGUCUGCUGCUCUUGCUACAAGGAAAACGGAGAUGAAGAAACAGACUCGAUUAACCAUAUGUGAAGGACAUGAUGGAACCGAGACAUCAAAUGGUGAUGUUUUAAUCUUUCCAGAAAUGAUCAGAUACAGGAGACUGACACACUUUGAUGUCGAGACAUUUGUUGAAGAAGUUCUUGUUAAAGAACGAGAUUGGCUUCCAGGUAUUCCUGAGGCUUUAAGUGGCUUCUAUGUUUUCGUUUGUGCUCAUGGGUCUAGAGAUCAGCGUUGUGGCGUUUGCGGGCCACUUGUGAUUACUAGGUUCAUGGACGAGAUAGAAUCGCGUGGCCUUCACAAUAAAGUGACUGUUAGCCCGUGUUCUCACAUUGGAGGUCAUAAAUAUGCUGGGAAUGUCAUUAUAUUCGGACCAAAUGUAGAAGGGAAAGUGACUGGUCACUGGUACGGGUAUGUAAAACCCGAAGACGUCCCUUUCUUGCUCGAACAACAUAUAGGAAAAGGAGAGAUCGUGGAUUAUCUUUGGAGGGGACAAAUGGGGUUAUCAGAAGAAGACCAGAAGAUAGCACAGGAAUCGAGACGAAAACAAAAUGGGGAUGACAAUAUUGGAUGUAACAUCGAUGAAUCUGAAUUGAGAAUUGAAUCUAACGGCUGUUGCCAGACAAAUGGGAGUCUGAAAUGCUGUCAAGUGAAUGGAAAUGGCAAAAAGGUGAAGAAAUCUGAGAAAGAUAUUACAAGUAAGAAGAAAGUGAUCAAUUAUAAUAGUGAUAAUAAAGGAUCUUUUACUAGAAGAGCUUGUAAUAUGCCAACAUGGUUUGAGAGUUGGGAACGAGAAGACACAUACGCGAGUAUUGCUGUUGUUGCUGCUGUUAUGUCGGUUGCGGUUGCUUAUGGAUGCUAUAAAAGGAUGAACUAGAUUCUAAUAUUAUGGUCGCUUAUUGUUUAUAUAGGAGGUUUGCUUCUUCUUGAGUUUGUAAAGGAAGUAUCUCCACUUUGUAAUUAUUUGAUUAUGUUGCUUUGUAAUUAAUCUAUGUAUUUCCCAAUUUAUCAAAUUUCUAAUUCAUAUUAAUUCAAGGGUUAUUAUUUCUUA